CAGAAGAGGGCCUCUGAAAUUGGAAUUACAGAUAAUUAUGAGCUACCUAAUGUAGGUUCUGGGAACUGAACCUGGCCCCUUUGCUACAUAGAACAGCACACACUAUUAACUGCUGAGCUAUCUCUCCAGCCCAAAGAUGCUGUAAUUUGAUUCUUAUGUACUGAUAGGAAAAUAUUAAGUCUUACAUAUUUCUGUAAGAGCUGAAAACUUUGCAAGUACAGUUGUAAGUACAUACUGUACAUUAUAACACAUUAAUCUUGAAUCUGAGCUGAGGUGUCUCAAGUAGCAUUGGUUGACACUGGGUAGUAUGACAGUAUGUGCAGUACAUAAUGUUCAUAUUGUAUGUUCAGAACCAAGGCUGUAGUGAAGUUGUGUAAUACAACACUGGACAAAUACUGACAGUAAUACCCAGUGUAUUACACACAUCUUUAUUUCAUAGCAUUUUAAAAAUCAGACAUCUAGCAUGCUUGAAGAUUAGUGACAAAUAAAACAGGUUAUUAAUGAAUGGGUACCCUUAAGAACUCAACUUUUAUCUAGUGUAUUAUUUGUAUGCACUUAAACACAGUGUCUUUGCUACCAAUUAUUGGUCUCCUUCAGGACUGAAACAAGCCAUUUUAUAGUCUUCUGCUUUAGUCUCCCCCCCUCCCUUCCUCUCUCUCCCUACCCUUGAGUUCUCUGAAUGUGUGACUCAUCCUUAAUGUGUAGGUCUUAAAAAGAACUUGUAUCUUGAUGUCAGCAAAAUCUAGAUUGAAAUCCUGGCUCCAAGUUAUUAAUGUGCCAUUGAGUAAAAAGUGCUUUAGUUUUCUUUGCCUUGGUUUCUUUAUUCCUAAGAAUUUAACAAUCCCUACUUUGCAGUGUUUUUAUAAAUCUCCCGGAUUUAUUAUAAUGAUAUCUGAAAGGUUGUGACUUAAUUUCAAACUUUAAUAAACAUGUUUAGUAAGGAUGUAAGUACAGAAAGUCACACAUAGAGAAAGAGGUCCAUUAAGUGGUAUUGCUUAAAAAUACUAAUUCUGCAGUUACAUGGCCAUUUGAGAAUGAUGUCUAUUCUAAGUAACAAACUAUCUUCCCCUUGAGUUUGAUUUUGAUGGGAGCAUGUUGCAUGUCAGCAGUCAGCUAAUGUGCUGGUAAUUUGGUAGUUUAGUAAGGUUCCUAUUAUAAUGAAUAUCUGCUUUCAGAGAUGCUUGUGGACACUCUCCCCUGCUUUUGCAUUUAUAUUGUUGUCGUGUUUUAAGUAGCCUUUCUCCUGACAGUGUGUGUUAAUAACUGGAAAAUUCCCUAUCAGUAGACUAGCACCAUCUUGACAAGCCUGUGUUCUGCUUCUACCUUGCUAAUUGUUUCCUUGGGAUUAUUUGGAUUGUGUAGAAAGCCCUUUGCAAAUCCUCUUAUUACUGAAGUCAUUGUUGCCAGCAGGAAUAAGAUUAAAGGUGCUUAAGUCUGUAGAGUUGUUUCUAAUUUGUUCAUGUCAUUUCAGUGGCAUUUUAACAGAACUCUGUCUCCUGUCCCUCCCUUCUCCCCUGGUACUAUCUCAAGUUGGGUCCAAGAUGCCAGACCAUUGGAAGAAAUCUCAUUUUAUCCUCCUAAUUAUUAUGCUGGCACUCCGGAGAUAAUUUUUCCCUUCAUGCACUGCCAAUUAAUAUGCAAAUAAGCUGAUAAAUAUUUAUGUAUUCAUUUAAAUUAUGCAGGGAGUGCUUUCAGUGUAUUCUGUAAAUGAAUUGUUCCUGGACUUCAAAGUGCUAGCUGCUGUGCUAACGAGGAGAGAUUUGCAUAAGGCCCUAAUCACACGCAUACUGAUUAAGCUUCAUUAUGGAAACUGCCAGCUGCAAUCUUUGUUUCUAUUUUAUUACAAAAAGGGGAACUUUUCAUGCUUCAGUUGCCUUGACAAUGUCAGUCCUAGCAGCUAGAAGAGACUAAAACUCCUCUGAGCAACUGAAGUUUCCUUAUUCAGUUGAAGAUUGCUAUGGUGUAACUGAGGUUGUGUUUGCUUCUCUGUUAAUUCACUUUCCACUCCCCCACCCUGUUCUCUUAAGAACCUAGUACAGAUUUGUUAGAAUAGUAGUACCUUCUUUCCCCACCCCAAACCAUACCUGUUCCUUCUUGCUUUGGAUUGUCUGCACCUCCUGAAGAUUUUACAGCAAUGCUGGACUGCAGUGACUGUGUUCUAGAUUCAAGAAUGAACAAUCCGUCAGAAACCACUAAGUCAUCUAUGGAGAGUGGAGAUGGCAGCACUGGCACACAAACGAAUGGCCUGGACUUUCAGAAACAGCCUGUGCCUGUUGGAGGAGCAAUCUCAACAGCCCAGGCCCAGGCUUUCCUUGGACAUCUCCACCAGGUCCAGCUCGCUGGGACAAGUUUACAGGCUGCUGCUCAAUCUUUAAACAUUCAGUCCAAAUCUAGUGAAGACUCGGGGGACCCGCAGCAGCCAAGCCAGCCUUCGCAGCAGCAGCAGCCGCCUUCCGUGCAGUCCGCCAUCCCCCAGACCCAGCUCAUGCUGGCUGGGGGGCAGAUAACGGGGCUCACUUUGACACCAGCGCAGCAGCAGCUACUACUGCAGCAGGCCCAGGCCCAGGCCCAGCUCCUGGCCGCUGCUGUGCAGCAGCACUCGGCCAGCCAACAGCACAGUGCUGCUGGGGCCACCAUCUCAGCCUCCGCUGCCACGCCCAUGACACAGAUCCCCCUGUCGCAGCCCAUACAGAUUGCACAGGAUCUUCAACAGUUGCAACAACUUCAACAGCAAAAUCUCAACUUGCAACAGUUUGUGUUGGUGCAUCCGACCACCAACUUGCAACCAGCACAGUUUAUCAUCUCACAGACGCCCCAGGGCCAGCAGGGUCUCCUGCAAGCGCAAAAUCUUUUAACGCAACUACCUCAGCAAAGCCAAGCCAACCUCCUACAACCACAGCCAAGCAUCACCCUCACCUCCCAGCCAGCCACCCCAACUCGCACAAUAGCAGCGACCCCAAUUCAGACCCUUCAACAGAGCCAGACGACACCAAAGCGAAUUGAUACUCCCAGCUUGGAGGAGCCCAGUGACCUUGAGGAGCUUGAGCAGUUCGCCAAGACCUUCAAACAAAGACGAAUCAAACUUGGAUUCACUCAGGGCGAUGUUGGGCUUGCUAUGGGGAAAUUAUAUGGAAAUGACUUCAGCCAAACCACCAUCUCUCGCUUUGAAGCCUUGAACCUCAGCUUUAAGAACAUGUGCAAGUUAAAGCCACUUUUAGAGAAGUGGCUAAAUGAUGCAGAGAACCUCUCGUCUGAUUCUACAGCAUCUAGCCCAAGUGCCCUGAAUUCCCCAGGGUUGGGGGCUGAGGGCUUGAAUCGUAGGAGGAAAAAACGCACCAGCAUAGAGACCAACAUCCGUGUGGCCUUAGAGAAGAGUUUCAUGGAGAAUCAAAAGCCUACCUCGGAAGAUAUCACCUUGAUUGCUGAACAGCUUAAUAUGGAAAAGGAGGUGAUUCGCGUUUGGUUUUGUAACCGCCGCCAGAAGGAGAAGAGAAUCAACCCACCAAGCAGUGGUGGGACCAGCAGCUCACCUAUCAAAGCAAUUUUCCCCAGCCCAACCUCACUGGUGGCAACCACUCCAAGCCUUGUGACAAGCAGUACAGCAACUCCCCUCACAGUCAACCCUGUCCUUCCCUUAACCAGCGCUGCAGUGACUAACCUCUCUCUUACAGACCAAAAUCUUAGAAGAGGAUGCAUUGGGGAAGUCCUUUUGAGUCUACUGGACAGGUUCGCCACAGCAGCAGGCACUACAGACACCACAUCCAACAACACAGCCACCGUGAUUUCCACAGCACCCCCUGCUUCGUCAGCAGUCACCUCUCCCUCCUUGAGUCCCUCCCCUUCUGCCUCAGCCUCCACCUCUGAGGCCUCUAGUGCCAGUGAGACCAGCACAACACAGACCACGUCCGCGCCUCUCCCCUCCCCUCUGGGGGCCAGCCAGGUGAUGGUGACAGCAUCUGGCUUGCAAACAGCAGCUGCUGCUGCUCUCCAAGGAGCUGCACAGUUGCCAGCAAAUGCCAGUCUUGCUGCCAUGGCUGCUGCUGCAGGACUCAACCCCGGCCUGAUGGCACCCUCACAGUUUGCUGCUGGAGGUGCCUUACUCAGUCUCAAUCCGGGGACUCUGGGCGGUGCUCUCAGCCCAGCCCUAAUGAGCAACAGUACACUGGCUACCAUUCAAGCUCUUGCUUCUAGUGGUUCUCUUCCAAUAACGUCACUGGAUGCAACUGGGAACCUGGUAUUUGCCAAUGCGGGAGGAGCCCCAAACAUCGUGACUGCCCCUCUGUUCCUGAAUCCUCAGAACCUCUCUCUGCUCACCAGCAACCCAGUAAGCUUGGUUUCUGCCGCCGCAGCCUCCACAGGGAACUCCGCACCCGCAGCCAGCCUUCAUGCCUCCUCCACCUCUGCUGAGUCCAUCCAGAACUCGCUCUUCACAGUAGCCUCUGCCAGUGGGGCUGCUUCCACCACCACCACUGCCUCCAAGGCACAGUGAGCUGGGCGCAGAGCUGGGCUGCCCCAGGCCUUCAGCACCGCAGCGUGAUGGGCUGCCAGCUGUGGAGAAACUGACAAGUGUGAUCGGCUUCCUCCCACCGUGUUGUGAGGAUGAGGGAGACAUGGAGAGAAGAAAAAAUACACAUACCAGGAAAAAAAAAUGGAGACAGGACAUCGUUUGCCUAAUUUUAUAAUAAAACAAUGUCUUUUCAGGAUUGCUUCAUGGAUUGGAGAACUUUCUAACCAAAAAUUUAAAAGAAAAAAAAAAA